AUUGUGGCCAUUUAAAUUAAUAAAUUCUAGAAUGUUUAAUUCAUGAUAAACUUUGGUACGAGUCCAUUGUAAUGCAGCUGUGAUGUUUAGAAAGGUAGAUUAAACAUUGCUAAUUUUACUACAAAGAUAUCUUAAACGUUAAUACGGAGAAAGCAAGAGUGAAUUAAAAAUUUAUAAAUACCAUGGAAGCGUUGCUGGCCAAACAUUUAUUGAGAAAAUUUGAAUACACGUAAUUAAAUGUUCCAAUAAACCAGUAUUGAUAAAUUCAGUCAUUAUUUAUCCUGCACCGUUGUGGAGUUAUGCAGUAAAGUCAAACACAAUGAGGGAUAGUUAUGGGAGAAAGGGUAUUUUGAAAAAAUUUCAACGUCCAGUGACAUCAAAGGUGUUUUCUGAUCAAGCAAAACUUGGUGAGAAUUUGCUGAACUCAAAAGCAGAUGACUCCAAGGAACAACAACUCCGCGAACUUGAAGAGGCAGUAGAGAAAGCAGAGGCUCGUGCAACAAAGGAGCUCAAAGCUGCACUCAAAUGGCUCCGAAAUGAGAAAGAUGAGGAAAAAAAGCGAGCCCUACAAAAGCAAAAAGAGUACUAUGAACGCUUGGCAGCAAGAGUAGAAAAACAAAGAGAUGAAGCGGAGGAGGAGAGGAUCCGUGAAUUGACCAAAAAAUUGGAACGUGAGAAAGAGAAAGCUUUGGAGGAACAGUGGGAUGAAUGUGAGAGGAUAAAGAAGGAAGCAAUAGAGGAAGCCUGCAUAGCCUUAACCAAAAAACUCAGAAACGAAUUUGUCUUAGAGAAGGAGAAAGCCAUUGCUGAUGCCCUUAAAAUUCAGAAGGAAAAGUUCCUUAAAAGAGAACAAGAAUCCAUUGAAAGGACAAGACAGGAAUGUGAAGAAAAGGCUCGCCUGGAGGCAGAAAGAGUGGCCAGGCUUCAUCAACAGGAAAUUGAAAAGUGGAACAAGAGGUAUUUAGAUAUGGAGAAGCGAUAUAAACAGGAAAAGGAUAGAAGGAGAGCAGUAACAUCAGAUUUCAAGGAGUUACAGGAUGAUUACAGGAGAUUUAUGAAUUACACUGACGGAAAAUUCCACUCAGACUAUAUGAUGCAUCUUAGACACCUGGGAAUGAGACUUGCUGAGAAGCGUGUAAGUGAUGUAUCCAGUACUGUCUCUUAUGAAGACAUUUUCAAACUCUCUUGAUCCAGAAUGUGUGCUUUUGCAUGAGAUUAGACUGGCAGAUCAGGUGGAUCAUCCAAUUAAACUGUCAGAUCAUGUGGAUUAUCCAAUUAAACUGUCAGAUCAUGUGGAUCAUCCAGGAACAUGAGAAUAAUAAUCAUCCAAUUGGAUUCAUGGAUACUCUGUCAUCCUGACGUAGUAGUUUGUUAUAAUCCUUCCCAAGGUGAUAUCUUUUAUCUGCUACUGCAAUAUCCUAUCAGAAACUUCUGUACAUUGUUAAGAAUGUACAAACCGUUGAUUAUGUACAUCUUUUUGUAAAAAUACCACAUAAGUGGAAUUUUGGCAAGACAUAAAUUUGGCUAUUUGUCCUUAAAAAAUGGUUAAAUGUCUUUAGCAAAAGUAAUUUUAGCUAUUUUAUGAUGUUAAGAAAGAUAUGUAUUACCUCCAAUGCUGAAUAAAUUGUUAGCGAUAUUAAAUAUUGACAACCUCAUUACUCUAAGAACUUUAAAAGGGGGGAGGGUAUAUGGCAUUACACCAUCUUUCCUCCAAAGCUAGGUAAAUUCAAGGUGUGGUUAAUGAAAAGGGUUAUAUUUAAUAUUUCUGUAUUAUACAUGCAAAAAUGAUUUAUGAGACAAGGAAUCAUAAAAGAGAAAUCAAAAUAACACAAAUAUGCAUCCCCUGCUAGAAAUUAUUUUAAAUUUAAGGUGCAUGUCUGUAGCAGAGAUAUGUACCAUCACAGAUUUGCAUCACCACUUAAAUAUUGAAACUGUUAUCACUACAGAGGUUGUACAUGUAAUGCAUUAAUCAAAUUCAAAUUUACCCAAUAAACUAAAUCCCUGAUGCAUAUUUUUCAAACAAGAGAUUAUCAUUCACAGUGCAAUAAAAGAAUAUAUUUAGCUUA